AUGGUUCAUUGGAGGGAUACCUUUUGGGGUGAAGGUAAUCGAGGUUUUGAAGUAUUAUCAACAAAUGUAAAAAAUAGUGGCAUUGCUAUUGAAGAAUUUCAACGAUUUCUCAAUGAAAAUUUACAAUAUGAAUCAACAUAUUGUAAAAAUUUAUCUCGUUUACAAACUCAAUUAUUAAAAUUUCAACAUGUUGGAACAUUUACACCAAUAUGGCAUUCAAUAAGAGAUUUACUAGAAAAAAUUGCUUUAGCACAUUCAACCACAGUUACAUAUUAUCAAGAUCUAUUACGUGAAAUACAUAAUUAUCAUGAUUCAUAUUUAAAAAAAGUUAAAACAUCUAUACAAAAAGAUCCUGAUAUAGCACGUACAGCUGACCUUAUAUCACAAUUAAAUAAUGCAUUAAAUACAGUUAAUAAAGCUAAAGAACAAUAUCAUUCAAUUGGAUUAGAUUAUGAACGUACUAAACGUUCAGGAAAUAAUUUAACUAAUGGUUCAUCAACACCUGUACCACAAGAUAAUAAUACAACAAGUAGUCUUGCACAAACAGCAUUGAAUACAUUAACAUCAUCAACAAGACAAUUUGAACGUUUAGAAAAAAAAUUUCGUCAAUCACAUGAUGAUUAUAAAGCAUCAAUUGAAAAAUAUAAUUCAUUAAGAAAUGAAUUCGAAAAACGUUUUUAUGAUGCUUGUACAAAGUUUCAAGAUUUUGAAGGUGAACAUGUUGAAAAGAUGCUUGCAUUUUCGCUUAAUUAUUCUGAAAUACUUAAACGUAACAAUGAACAAACAGGUGUAGCACAAAAUGAAUUUAUUGAAAAAAUUAAACAAUUUACUGGUAAUGAUCUUAUUGAAGCAUUUGUCGAACAUAAAAAAACAGGCGUAGAAAGACCCGUUCCUGUACAAUUUGAAGAAAUUGAUAAUAUUAGAACAUCAUUAAAUCUAACAAAUUCUACAAAUCCAACAUCAUCAUUAACACCUGAUUCAGCAGGUUAUCCGUCAGAUGAACUAAUUAUAUUUGAUUCACCGGAAACAACAAAUGUACCUUCGUUUCAAGCACAUUUUCCUGUUUCAUCACCGAUUAUUUCAUCUGGAUGCCCAUCAACAACAAAUAUGAAAAAAAGUGAUAGUAAUCGAGCAUUAGCCUCAACUUCUUCACUCGGACAUCAAUAUGUACCCCAUAAUAAUCAAACAAUGUCUCCAAUAUUUAAUAAUCCACCAAUGAGUCUUAGUAAUCCAAAUAAUCCAUUAGCACGUUUACAAGAAACAAGCAAUGAACAAACAUCAAAUCCGUUUGAUGUUAAAAUACGACGACCAGCAUUUAAAGGUUUUUGGCCAUCCAAUCGUAAAGAGAAAAAAGAGAAAAAAGCCGACAAGAAAACAUCAAAUAACUCCAAAUUAACUAAAACAGCUCAAUUACAACAACAACACGAUGAAACCGGUUCAGUUAAUUCACAAAAUUCAGCUUUUGAAACAAAUGAUAUUAAUAAAAUGAUGGGUAGUAUGGAUGGUCUUGAUCAAAUAUCAUCAACUAGAACUAAAAGCAAAUGUCCCACUCCUGAACCAUAUACACAAUCAAGUCCAACGAUUCCAAAUAAUAGUAUUAAUCGUCCUGUAUGUCAAAGUACAAUACCAUUUUCAACAUCAACGUUGCGUAAAUCAACAAGCUCAAGUGUUUCAAGUGAUGAUGAUGAUGACGAUUUUCCAAUAUCAAAAAUUCAAUUUAAAAUAAAUCCAACAACACAAAAAACACCAAUAGCCGAAGAAAAUGAUGAAACAAAUAUUAUGAAUGUUAUGCGUGUUGUUGAUAAAAAUAUUGGACAUUUUGCAACAUAUUCACGAGCAGCAGGACGAAAAGCUCCCGAUAUGAGUAAAUCCACAUCCAGUGGACAAAUUGGUACAAAAAUACCACCACCACUUCCAUCACGUCAAACACCUUCAAGGUCAACAAGUGUUACAACAGAUAAUAUUGAUCAAUCAUCUACUUUUCCAUUAUCGUCACCACAUACAUCAUUAACAAAUACUUUUGAUGAAUUUGAAGCACGUUCUAAAUCAAUGACUGUUUCUUCCAGUCAUCAAGAAAACAUACCACCAGCUCCUGUUCAUCCUAGAUCGAUGACUCUUGAUGCAGAAAGUAAAAAACCCACAUCGAUACCAUUGACUGAUGAUGAUACUGAAGUGGCAAAUUCAUUUCCUGUUGAUAGUCCAACAAAUAAAACAGCACCAUUUGUAAUUCCACGACCACCUCGAACUCGGCAACCACUUCAUAAUAAUUUUUCGUCUUUUCAUCAUUCAUCUGAAAAUAACCUUUCUAUUAUUCAACCAUAUGAAUAUAAAAUUACUGUAAAAAAAUCAAAGUCUGAUUUAAUUAAUUUAAAAUCUAAUAUAAUAUUUCAAGAGAAAUAUUCAACAAAAAAAAUUUUAAAAAUUCGAUUAUCAAUUAUUACAUGUAUUCGUUCAAUUUGGAAAAUUUCAACAAAACGAACACCAAUUAUUUUUCGAAAACUUUAUCCAUUGUCAAUAAGACAUAAAAUACCAAUAACAACAAAAACAAGUUUUGGUUUUUCAACAAACCAAACUGAAGAAAUAAUGACGAAUAAUUUAACAAAACAACUAUCAAUUUAUUCAUUUCAUACAGCUCGAGAGAGUUUAUCUGACAUAUCACUCAAUGAUACAGAAUCUAUUCAUUCAUUACAUAGCAUUUCAAUGAACAAUAUUACUCUUAAAAUAAAUGAUAAUCGUCCAUCGAAAUUUCUUCCUCAUCUUAUUCCUCCGUCGAAUGUUAAAUUAUGGUCUCGUACACGAACACAUAGUGACGAGCAACAACAACCCACAAUUAGUUCAGUUGGUCCAUCUAUUGCAAAUGGUCGUAUGACGCCAUUUACUGGUCCGAACAAUCAAAGUCUUUCUAAUAGUUUAAUGGCAUCAAUAGAUCAACGAAUAUCUCCAUUAACAAUUGGUGCUAGUGAUCAAAUUCCAAUAGCAGUUGCUUUUCAAGAAACAAUUCAUGUUAUGAUGUCUGGUGAUGAUCAAACAAAAUGGAAAAUUCGAAUACUUGGUGAUAUGCUUGUUUCAUUUCCAGCUGCUAUUUUAAAUUUACUUGUUAAUCCAUCACCUAUUUUAAAUACAUUAGAAUUUCGUUUACAAAAUCUAAAUAAAGUAGAAAAUAUUAUUGCAAAUCCUCAAUUAAUAACAUCAAAUCAAUCAUCAGUAGACUCAUCGGAUGGACCAACUUAUUCAUUUAAUAUGUCAGCACUAAGCAAUAUUCUUCGUAAUUUACAAGAAAAAAAUCGUUCAUUACCUUUUUUCAAUUUCGGAAUACUUAAAUAUGAAGUUAAACAUACAGGAAUAUCAAACAUUCCAAUACAAGUAUCAUCACAAUGGACACGUACAUUCGAUACGAUUUCAAUUAAUAUAAAUUAUCGUUUUAAUAGUUCAGCUUUACCAGAAUCAAUUCGAUUAGUUAAUGAUGUCGUUACAUUUUAUACAACAAUAACAGAUGGUCAACAAAUAAAUCAAUCAAUACCAAUGGCUGAAUGGUCUUUAACUGAACAUAAAUUAUCCUGGAAAAUUCCGUAUAUAUUUGAUGGAUCAGGGACGCUUACAGCAACUAUAACGACAGUUCAAUCAACAACAGAUAAUAGUGAUAAUGAUCAACAACAAAAACCAUUAACAGCAUCAUCAAUUGUACAUGUUCAAUUUCUUGCUGAAAAUGCAUUAUUUUCAUCGAUUAAUUUUGAAUUUGCAUGUCGAGGAUAUCGUGUAUCAUUAUUUAAAAAGAAAAUUUGUAGUGGUAAAUAUCAAUCAGAGCCAGAUCAAAGUGAACCAUUAAAUUUCUUUAAACGACCAUCAGUUGAUCAAAAUCGUAUGUCUUUAUCAACAUCACUUGUUGCCUAA